AUGCGUGCUGCUGUUGUUUCUGCUGUUGUUUUGGGUCUUUUCUCCCAGGUCUUGGCCACUCCUCCAGCUUGUUUGCUGGCCUGUGUUGCUCAAGUUAGCAAGCAAUCCUCUCAAUGCCACACUCUGAACCAAGUCGGCUGUUUCUGCGAGAACGAAAACACCGCCAUCAAGAACUGUCUAGACUCUAUCUGUCCAAACGGUAACAGCGACGCCGCUUACACCGCUUUCAAGAACUCCUGUGGUGACGUCGGAAAGGCUGUCGCAUCUGUCUCUAGCUCCAUGUCUAGCUCAAUGUCUAGUUCUGCUUCUAGCUCAAUGUCUAGCUCCAUGUCUAGCUCUUCUAGCUCUUCUAGUUCUGCUUCUAGUUCCAUCUCUUCCGUCUCUUCCAGUACUUCCUCUGUUGUUACCACUGGCUCUUCUUCUGCUCCAAAGGUCUCUGAGUCUACUACCUCCACUCCUUCCUCUACCGCAUCUUCUACUUUCACCAUCACUUCUUCCAAGCCUUCCUCAGUCUCCUCUACCAAGACCUCCCAAAAGCCAUCCUCAUCCCACGCUAUCUCCACUUUCAGCGCUGGUGCUAACGCCAUCAACGCUGGCUCCGGUUUGGCUGUCAUCGCCGCCGCUGCUCUAUUGAUCUGA